UUGAAAUAAAAGCAUAAGUUGGUAGAACUAAAUAAUUAGUUGGUAAGAUCAGGCCAAGAGCAAAAGUUGAGAGCUUCUCUCUCCUGGGUUUUCGCCCCAGUGCUUUUGCGUAAAUGACUUCCACGAAUUGGCCGUGUUUUGGGUGUUAGAGUGCAUCUUUGAUGGUUGUUUGAGUCGGAUUCUACUUCUACUGUUAUAUCCGACCUUGGAUUCGAGCUUAGAAUGUGGAAAGAUGGUAAAAAUAACAAAAACGAGGGUUCGAGACAUUGUUCUUAUGCGUGAAUCGAUUCAUACGCGUUGAUUGAUUUCAAGUUUUGUAGGUGUUUUUGUGGUUACAAUAGGUGCUAACUGGUGCAUUCUGGGUCGGAAUCUGUUUCUAAUUCCGUCUCAAAUCUUGGAUUUCGAUCUGUGAACGAUAAACGCAGGUCGUCGUCAACUGCGAUUUUACGUUUUCUGCUACAGGUCGGUCUAUCAGGUGUUCUGUUUCAGUUCAUUGGGACUCUGGUUUUGGGCUUCACAGGUCCAGGCGUACUCCCUUAUACUUCUGCAGCAGGUACCUACACCUGGAAUUUCUGAGGUUGACUUUGGACGGUCUUGCCAUGUCAAAGAAGAAGAAACAAGGGACGGUGGAAGCUUCCAUGUCAAGGGUAACUAGAUCAAGCUUUGCUGCUUUGGAGGAUAGAGAUGAGGAGUUCCCAGCUUUAAUUGCUGGAAUCCCAAUGAAUCCAAUAGAAACUGCCUGCGUGUCUGGUGCAAAAAAGAAGGCUAAGGAUACUUUUGGACCUGCGACUAAGAAGGCUACUGCUAAGCCUGAGGUACAGACUUGCGAUAAGGCCAAAAUUUUGACAGUGAACACUGAAGACAAUACUCUGGCAGUAACUCAUGCUGUAGCAGUAAAUGAAGGCCAACUAACUGCAGGUUCAACUGCAAAGGCAGCAACUCCUGUACCUUGGAACGCUCUGUUUAAGGACAACCGCGAUCCAAGGUGUGGUAUCAAAUUGAGAUAUAUCCCUCCCAAAGGAGAAACUGUGGACUUUGGUGAUCGGGUGCUACCAUCCAUGGUUGAAAUGUGGGGUUUUUGCCUAGUUGGACACUUCACCGGGAAUUUCCCCGGACUCAAAGCGGUGCAUGACCUUAAAGCUAAAUGGGGCGUUAAAUGCCUUGUGAGGUCCCACAAAAAGGGUUGGUUGAUCUUUAAAUUUCAGAAUGAGGAGGAUAGAUCAAAGGUUCUUCAAGGAGGACCGUAUACGGUGUUUGGAAAACUCCUAAUGCUCAAGGUACUUUCGGAAAAUUUUUCGUUUGAGGAUGAAGAAUUUCUAAAAGUACCAAUUUGGGUUAAGUUCCAUGAUUUACCAUUGCAAUUAUGGAAUGAUGAGGCCAUGAGUGAGGUGGCUUCCAUGGUUGGGAUUCCAAUAACAACUGAUAAAAUCACCCAAGAAAGGAUCAACAAUGACUAUGCUAGAGUGUUGAUAGAGGUUGACGUCUCGAAGCCACCACCACUCUCGUUCCAUAUAAGACUACCUUCACAAAAGGUAUUCAAGCAAAGUGUGGUUUAUGAAACUUUUCCAAGUUAUUGUUUUCAUUGCAAGGAAUUUGGGCAUCACCCGUUCAUUUGUAAGAAGUUAUCAAAAUGUGGGGUUGGGGUAAACAAGGAGAAGGAAAAACUUGAUGGGGUAGGGGAUGUAAUUGAUGUAGUUGAGCCUGGAAAAGCUGCUGCCUGUGUCCCUUACCCGUCCGGAUAUGGACCAGACCCGACCGGGUCUUCACAAAAAAAUGCCCAGGGGACUGCCGUGGUUGAGAAACAUGCUCAGGGGCCUUCCAAGCUCCCUGUCGUGGUUGCUGGUAUACCAGCGCCUCCUGCUCAUCCUACAAAAAAGGUUGAGAGAUUGAAAAAGGUUUCAGACCCGGGCAUCGAGGUGGAGGACCCCGAUCAAGUGGUUUCCGAGGAGGAGGACUCUUCAAGUGACAACUCGAGUGACACUAUGGACUCGGAUUUGUUUCACGAGGUCGUGGUAACGUGUAGAGAUGGAACAAAGAAAACUAUGAUAACAAUGAAGCCACAAGAAGACUUGUAUUGAAUUUGUGUUUUUAAUGGACUGUUUAAACUGUUUUGAUGCUUGUGAUGGCAUGUUUUGAUACUAAGUCAGGGCCUGUCCUGUGCUAGUUUAUUUUUCUUUUCUGAGGUAGGGGAAGGUUUGGUUACUAUAUAUAGCUAGUUUUGACUAGCUUAGAUAGUUUUGAUGCAUUGUACUAUGCUAUUUUUCUGGAUAUAUAUAUUUACAUUUUAUCCAAAAAAAAAAAAAUAAUUAGUUGGUUACCC